UUUGUUUCUAGCAAAGCCAUAAGAGAUUUUUUUUUUUUUUUUAAUCUUUUUUUUGCUUUCCCAAACUUACAAGCCAACACUUUUUCCUUUUUCCUGUCUGAAUUCCAAAAAUUUCCGAUACCUCCAUUUCUUCGGAUCGAUACCCAUUUGGGUAUAUAAAAAUGGAACAACAGUACCCUAACCGGCAGCAGAGAACAUAUGUCGGAAGCGGCACCGGCACCGGCACCGGCACCGGAGGAGGAGGAUCAUUAGCUAUGGAAACGACAAGACAAACGUCAAGUCAAUUACAGUCACAACACUCAGAUAACGACCAGAGUAGCAAUGAACUUCGAGCAUUGGAUUGUAACCUAACAUCCCUAUGUGAUCAUAUUCAAUUGGAAGGGUUUAAUGAUGGCUCAUUUUCUGAUGUCAUUGUUCAAGCUAUGGGUUCUACUUAUCACCUUCAUCGUCUUAUCCUUUCCCGUAGUUCUUAUUUCAGGAAUAUGCUUCAGGGGCCAUGGAAAGAAGCCAAAGCUCCAGUUUUGACCUUGACAGUGGAUGAUAGCAAUGUCAAUGGGGAGGCUAUUGCAGUAGCUUUAGCAUAUCUGUAUGGACACCAUCCUAAGCUAAAUGAUAAUAAUGCAUUCCGCGUUCUUGCUGCUGCAUCCUUUCUUGAUCUUCAGGAUUUAUGUGCAAUUUGCACGGACUAUAUCAUAACUGAAUUGUGGACAUCUAAUUUCUUAACAUACCAGGUAUUCGCAGAAAGCCAAGAUUAUGGUUUACAUGGCGAACGAGUUAGAAAUGCUUGUUGGGGAUACUUAUGUCAAAGUGGUGCUAUAGAGUUGAAAGAGGUCCUUCCAAAACUUUCUGCUCCAACACUAAAUGCUCUACUGACCUCAGACGAGUUAUGGGUUCCUACUGAAAAGAAACGGUUUGAAUUAGCUUUAUGCACACUUCUUGCCAAAAAUGCUCUUUGCAAGGCAGAGCGUCAAGACGAAGAAAGUCCUAGUUCUGGAGUUGGAACAAGUGCAGAUUCUGAUAUUUCCAACGUAGUGCCAAAUAAUUUAAUUGAUGACAGAAGGGUGGAAUCUGAACCAGGAAACCUAAGCUUAAAAGAUGGAAUUGAUGGUUGUAACAAUGGUAGAAAUAUCUUGGUUGAGCUUGCGGAGUGUACUGUUGAUUCCCUCACUGAGGUGACCAACUGUAAACAAAAGAUGCAAGAAUCAGCUCUUCUUCAGUCAGACUCGGAUUCAAGAUAUCCAUGCAGCAGUGGACGUCCUUCAUCAAAUAACUCGUUCUUAUUCUCUGAUGAAGUCAGAUCUUCAUGUUCUUUUAUUGAAAUGCCAAUUAGUGCUGGAGCUAGUGGAUUAGGGGGCAAUGGUAUGGCUGCAGAAGGGCCAUCUGAAGAAGAUUCAUGUUAUCAAUUGAAUAACAACAGUUGGCUUUGUGGGGACCAGAGGAACUUCUCAUCAAUGGGCUCAUCCUGUAAUUUGAUGAUUCCAAAUGAAUGGGAAAGAUGCAAUUUCACACCUCUAUCUUGGGGUGGUAGAACUGUGGGCCGCAGAGAAGUCAAAACUUGCCUAAAUGCUCAUUCCGGAGUAAGUAGAGAAGAUUAUGAUGCUUUUGCCAACAUUUUUGAGGGUGGCUCACUUUUAUAUUGUAACAUGUCAUUUGAUGCACUUCUUGGUGUGAGAAAGCAACUUGAAGAAAUGGGAUUUCCUUGCAAAGCUGUGAACGACGGGUUAUGGCUGCAGAUUCUCUUAAGCCAGCGGGUACAGGAAAUUGGUGCUGAUACUUGCAAAAGUUGUUGCCUUGUGAGUAUGGCAUGUGCUUGUCGGCAGCCAUUUGGACAUUCAUGCGGAGUCGCGGCUACUGGAUAUUACAUGUCAGAGCAUGAUCAGAGCAAUCAAUCCAACAAUAUAGGAAAUAUGUAUGCCACUGACUCGCCUCACAGGGAAGGAGGUGGCAUGUUUAGGCCUGUUCGGGUUCAUGUUAGAGGCCCCAAUGAUGGGCUAGCUGGUAUUGGACGUGGAACUACAUUUGUGCCUGCGGGAGCUUGGCCUCCAACUCGUUUUGUUUUCUCUCGUGUACCACUUGGUGUGGGCAACCGGAACUGUCAGCAGUCUCCUGCGAAUGAUGACCUAGAAAACAGAGCAGAACAGAGCGGGGAUCUUGCUGGUGAUGGACUAACUGCUUUGGUUGGGCUCAGCCAAGAAGGAAGCAGUAGUGCUAAUAUUCAUGUUGAACGGGUAGAUAGGGGAUAUGAGACAGAACUGCAAAGCAGACUGGUAGGACCAUCAACUGUUGGCCCAAGUGCAAGCAGUAUUUCCCCCCAGAUGCUAGGCUCAUCUGAACAUGCAAUGGGAAUUGAGUGGGAGAAUGGAAGUACUUCUAUAUCAUUGGAUAUGAAAACGCCUUUAAGUCACUUUCCUCCCUUUCGGUUUGGGGUUGAGUUUCACGAUGUGCUCAGGCUUAAUGAUGGCCAAGUCAAACACUCUCCAGAAUUUUUUUAUGCUGGUUCCUUAUGGAAGGUUAGUGUUCAGGCCUUCAGUGAUGAAGACCCUCAGGGGCGCCGAACACUAGGGCUAUUUCUUCAUCGAAGGAAGGCAGAAAUAGCUGAUCCAGUUAGAAAGGUGCAUAUGUAUGUUGAUUCUCGUGAAAAGGUUACUGCUAGAUAUCAGUUGAUUUGUCCUUCAAAGAGAGAAGUGAUGGUGUUUGGAAGCUUCAAACAAACUGGAACUCUUCUGCCAAAAGCUCCCAAAGGAUGGGGCUGGCGCUCGGCCCUGUUGUUUGAUGAAGUAUCCGACCUUCUCCAAAACGGAGCACUCCGAGUAGCAGCUGUUGUACAACUCAUUUGAUGGUUCUAAGUGGUAAAUGAAAUGUUCCCUGCUACCCUUUCAAGAAAUUUUAAUACUUUCCGCCAGAUGCAUCAACUAAAUUAAUAUGUCAAGUGAUGCCAGACAUUAUUCUGAAACUGAAAUCUUGGUGGUUCAUAUUUUGUUCCAACUUGGUUUCUUUGGAUGCCAAUCUUUCUAACAGUUUGAUUUGGUGCUGGCAACUGCGUUUGGCUAAUGUAUGUACAUAUUGAUUAUAAUGGCAAACUAUAAGCAUUAGACAGUUAAUACAUGUAAAUUUGCUAAACCCCGGUCUUUAUAUUGUUCUUAAUAAAUGGUGUCGUUGGAACCCAAUUCCUUUGUGCAAAUCCAACGACACCCUCCCUUUCUUGAAAAUACUGUGUGUAUAUAUAUAUAUUUAUAUAUAGAAGAGUGAGUUGGAAGACGA